CUUCAGGUGAUUUUCCGGCUGGUUCCGUGCUGUCACUUUAGAAAACGGAGCAGGAGACAAAUGGCCAAAGUAGAGCUGACACCGCUCAGACCGUGGGAUGACUUCUUCCCCAGCUCGGAAAGAUUUGCUAAACCAGAUGUGAAAGAUUUGGCGAAAUGGAACAACAGAGUUGUCAGCAACCUGCUUUAUUAUCAGACAAAUUAUCUGGCUUUAGCCGUCGUUGUUUUCCUAAUUGUCGGGUUCCUGAACCCUCUGGGGAUGUUCACAGCCAUGGCCGUGGUGUCAGGCGUCUUCCUGGGUUCACUGUGGGCCGGAGAGAACAGAGCUGCGAUCAACAACUUUAAGAGGCAGAAUCCCACAGCGUUUGUGAUCGCCAUCAUGGUCGCCAGCUACAUCGUAAUUUCUAUGCUGGGGAGUGUCAUGGUGUUCAUGUCGGCAAUCACUUUACCUCUGGCUUUGAUAUUUGCACAUGCCUCAUUUCGCCUCCGCAACAUGAAGAAUAAACUAGAGAACAAGAUCGAAGGUGCUGGACUGAAGAGGUCACCGAUGGGCAUUUUGCUGGAGGCUCUGGGUCAGCAAGAAGAAAACUUUCAAAAGAUCCAGAGCUUUCUGGAGGGAAAACUGAAGGAGUGAUUGCACUUGGAUUGAACACACAUGUCCAUCUUUUGGCCAAAGAUCUUGACUUUUUUCUUAGACAUAACGGUUUUCUGUAUCUCUGAGUCUAAACCUCUUAACAUUUGUUUCAUAUACAGUGUGUUUACCCGUAUGUGUUUUGAAAAGGUUUGUUAUCUGAAGGGGUUUAUCUUUACCUCAGGGUUAUCUGUCACUCCACCAAGAACUUGUUGGGGCACUUUUCUCAAACACCAAUGAGGGCAUCUCAAGAGCUGCCUCACAUCUCUGCUAUGCAAUGUAUCAGUGUUCCACACAGCUGCAGACUCCUUCAGUCUUUGGUACGAAAUCUGUGUUUAAUCAGUCUCAGAAACGACCGUCAGUCCUGCCAGUUUACGCUCAACUAAAAUUGUGAAAGCAAUGUGUUGCCUUUUAACAAAGAAUAAAAAGUGCACACUCAACA